AGUUGCUCACUGUGCGCGGUAGGUUUUGCGCGGUAGCGACGGCAGAAGUCGCGCUCGGGAUGUCCGACUUGGUCCCCGCAGUGGUGGCUCAUGAAGCAAUGGACUGCGAUCUUCAGGUACCAUUAGACGGUACUCUAGAACAAGCCGCCCCAACUGAAGUCGUCAGCCAUGGGGCACCACUUCUCCAGCCUCCGCCUUCUGACUUGGUCAGCAGCCAAGGCGAAGCGCUUGUUCAGCCUGCCCCUGCUGACGUGGUCAGCAGCCAAGGCGGACUGCCCACUCUGCAGCCUGUGCCACCAGCACCCAUUGAUUCGACGGAGGAAGUACAGCCCGCAGAGGAGAAUAUGGAGAUUGUCGAUCCUGGAACUUCGGAGGAGCGCAGUGAGGGGUCAGGCACUAACGGUGUCGUCGGAGCGGCUCCAUCGGUUUCAAUGAACUACUUCAUCAGCGGGCUGCAGAGGCUUCAUACCAUGCUGGAGUUGCUGAGACCUUCAUCGUCACAGUCAGACCACAGUGCUGGGGGGCCAAUAAGAAGGAGGAGAAGAACAGGAUUCGUUUCGAGGGCAAGAACUGGAGGGUCUCAGAGGCUAAACAAUGCCAGGUUGAGAACCUUCUUUCAGGUGAGCAGGUCUCAGCCUUACCCAGUAGCCUCUGCUCAUGGUUCAGAGGCCAGGACCCCACCCUCGGGAACCGAUUCCGACAGCGACAGCUCUGCAGAGAAUGAAGAGGCCGCUCCCCGGGCGGAAGAGCCUGAGGCUGCUGUCCCAGAACAAGGAGUUAUCUCAACAGACCAAGAAGCUGCAUCUGCCACAGGAGGUGACGCAUCCCCUAAAAAGCAGUCUCCCCAGAAGCCCAGCAUUCUACCCUCUGUGGAAGAUGAGGAAGGGGAAACUUGCACGAUCUGUUUGGAACAGUGGACCAGUGCUGGGGACCACCGGCUCUCAGCUUUACGCUGUGGGCACCUCUUUGGAUAUAGAUGCAUUUCUAAAUGGCUCAAAGGACAAACACGAAAAUGUCCUCAGUGCAACAAGAAAGCCAAACACAGUGACAUCGUUGUCCUUUAUGCCCGGUCCCUGAGAGCUUUGGACACUACUGAACAGGAGCGCAUGAAGAGUGACCUACUGAGUGAGCAGGCGCUCCGGAAGCAGGCCGAGCUGGAAUCCGCCCAGUGCCGGCUCCAGCUUCAGGUCCUUAUGGACAAAUGCACAAAACUCAAUAGCCGUGUCCAGGACUUGGAGAAGCUUAUGGUGCGGCAUCAGGGCCCAGCGGGACAGCAGUGCAGUGGCUCCCAAGCACUUUGUGGGAGCUGCCUGCCCUCCAGCCAGAGCCAGCGCAAAUACAGCUCAGAGAAGACCUUCACAGUAUCUCAGACGGGAAACUGCCGAAUCAUGGCGUAUUGCGAUGGUCUGAGCUGCUUGGUGGCAUCCCAGCCCUCUCCUCAGGCUUCCUUCCUUCCAGGCUUUGGUGUUAAGAUGCUGAGUACUGCGAACAUGAGAAGCAGUCAGUACAUCCCUAUGCAUAGCAAGCAGAUCCGUGGACUAGCUUUCAGCAAUCAAUCCAAAGGCUUGCUCCUCUCCGCCUCCCUUGACAACACCAUUAAACUGACCAGCCUAGAAACAAAUACUGUGGUGCUGACUUACAACACUGGACGGCCUGUCUGGAGCUGUUGCUGGUGUCUUGACGAGAACAAUUACAUCUACGCUGGACUGGCCAAUGGUUCAAUUCUGAUCUAUGACUUACGGAACACAAAUACCUAUGUCCAGGAAUUAGUUCCUCAGAAAGCCAGAUGUCCUCUGGUGUCCCUGUCAUAUUUACCCAGAGCUGCGGUGACUGCAUUUCCUUAUGGUGGGGUGCUGGCUGGAACCUUGGAGAAUGCCUCCUUCUGGGAGCUAAAAACAGACUUUUGUCAUAAGCCUCAUGUGCUGUCCUUGGAGCCAGGGGGCUUUGUAGACUUUCAGACAGAGAGCAGCACCCGACACUGUCUUGUGACAUACAGGCCUGAUAAAAGCCAUAACACCGUGCGAACUGUGCUGUUGGAGAUGUCUUACAGACUGGAUGACGCUGGCGAGCCGGUCUGCUCCUGCCUUCCUGUGCAGACAUUCCUCGGGGGACCCACUUGCAAACUGUUAACCAAAAGUGCCAUCUUCCAGAGCCCGGAGAAUGAUGGCAGUGUCCUAGUGUGUACUGCAGAUGAAGCGUCACAGUCUGCCCUGGUGUGGAAUGCUGGCAGUGGUUCAUUGCUGCAGAACCUGAAGACUGAUGAGCCUGUCUUGGACAUCUGCCCUUUUGAAACGAAUCAGAACAGCUACUUGGCCACCUUGACCGAGAAGAUUGUCCACAUUUAUAAAUGGGAGUGAGCGUGGCCGUGAGACCGCUAGGCACGCCGCUAGUUAAUGUGGCAUAGUCUGUAGCACCUCGUGACUCCAAACAAGAUCGCUGUCUACAUGCUGGAGCUGGAACUUCUGGAUCAUGGUUCAUUGGAUUAGUGUGAUUGUGUGCGGUUUACACCAAAUGAGUACCUUUGUGAAUCUUGCCUGGAAAUUUUUUACUUAACUUCUAUAGGAUCUUACAGUCCUCUCAACUACUGUUUAGGAUAUGAGUGCACACCAAGCAUUUGGGGGUUGUAAUAGCCAACCUAAAUUGUCGUGUCAGUUAGGCUAAUUGGCUUAAAAGCAGCACACUACAGGCCUGCCUUGCUUCUUGGAUGCAAAAGAUAUGCGGGCGAGUCUUCCAUUAAGCACAAAGGGCACUGUUCAUAUCCUGUGUAGGAUUUGACCUAUUUCCAAGUCUGAAUGCUUAUAACCUUUUAGUGACUAUUUCGCCCAGACCCCUGCACUGCUCGCUGCCCCCAAUGUCUGGUACUUCUGUGUGGUGUGCUUUGUGGCAACAAGUUCCAUCCCAGGCAUCCAGGCCGACUCGAAUGUUGGCAAGGCCGGUGGUGGAGGUGGCUGAUGAGCCGCCAUAUGCAAAACCAUAUCAAGCCCCGUUGCAUUGUGGGAGGUAAGGAAAGGGACUGGGUGGUUGGGAUUUUUCUGGUUAGCUUGGGAUGCUGGGGGGUUUUUACUCCCCCUAAAGUCAGUGCCUAAGGAUAUAUAGUUCCCAAGUAAAGGCUUCCCCCCACCCCCCUUUUUUCUGAAAAGGUUGUUAAUGAAGUGGUUAUUCUCAGGAAGGUAACAGUGGCUAAAGAUCUGUGGGAGGCAGGAAGGAAGACUCUUAGAAACUUCCGUCAUGGUGGUCCUGCACAGUCCAGCAUCUAGAGGUUUGCCCAGGUUUGUCUACUUGGCCUUAGGCUACCCCACUGAGCCGCUGCCCUACAACACCUUGUCUCAAGGUGUGGCCAACCUGUCUGAUUUUUCUCAGAUGUUCCUUGAUGAAGCACUAUCUUUUUUAAUAAAAAUUCUUUCAUGCCUGUCAAACUCCUGAGCUGUUUUGGUGAUCUUUAUUGCCAACAAGGGAUUGUUAAGGGAAAAUUGUUAAUUUUCCCAGGGUUCCAAGUUGUGGCUGUGUCUGCUUAAUGAAACCUUCUACUUGAAGAUGUGUAGUUUGUUUUGUUUUUAAAACUUAAAGCUUUUAAAAUGUCAGCUUCCAGCCAGUUGAGGUGGUGAGUGCCUUUUGCCCUAGCACUCUGAAGGCAGAAACAGAUGGAUCCCCUGUGAGUUCAAGGCCACCCUCACUACAAGGUGAGUUUUGGACAGCCAAAAGCUAUAACACGGAGAAACCCUGUCUCAAAAAAAAAAAAAAAAAAAAGGCAAAAGAUGUCAGCUUCCACAGUUUGGAGAAAAGUCACCUUUUCUCCCUCUCUUCCCCCCAGAUGCUUUUGAUAUAUUGAUGGUUAAGGGUAAAUAGAAUUCACCUAACUUCUUCAGGUGGCCACAGAAAGAGCUGUGGGUGUCAGGUUGAUCUGGAGCAGGCUUAGGAUUUGACUUGGGUUGAAGGACAUUUAACUAAGGCCGACUGGGGGGAUUGGCUACCACAGAAGCUAACCUAAAUACCAGGCCUUGACAGCUUCUGCAUUUCUGCAAUUUGGAUUCGGGUAGGAGAGUGCCAGGACCUCAACCUGGUUAAGUUUUUUGCUCUACUACUGAGCUGUACUAGAAACCCAAAUCUGUGUUUUGGAAGCAGAUUCCCAUUAUAGACUGAUUCUCCAAAGACAGCCUUACCCCUACUUGCAAGAAACUUCAUCCCUACACCCAGGCACCAGCAGGAUCUGUUUUUAUAUCUUGUCACGGGACAUUGGGAUUUCCGAAUAUCUGCUGUGCUGCAUUUCACUGUUUUAAUGUCAACAAAAUAAAGAAUCUGUAAUGUGUAACCCCAA